UCUUGUAUUUAAGCAGUGCAACCUCCAGAAAAUCAAGGAUUAAAAAAACCAAAGAUAAAUUGCUAUUUUAACAUAUAUGUUUUAAUAAUAAUAAAACAUCGUCAUUCACUUGUCAUUUGUAAUCUCCUCCAAGCCAGCCAGUUAAAAGAACUACGUCAGUGGUCCAUCUUCCAAUCUCUGAUCAUAAGCUAGACAGAACCUGGAUUUGAAGGAGGAUCGUUUCAUCGAUCGAGCAGAAGGAGGAUAGCCGUAAGAACAACAUGCAGGCUGUAGCUAUUGAUGAUGCGUUAGUUCUGUUUCCGUCACCGGCCAUAGGCCAUUUUAUAUCUAUGGUAGAGCUUGGCAAGCUCAUUCUCAACUUCCAACCUUCCCUUUCCAUUCAUAUACUCGUUAUCUCUGCCCCUUACGAUGCCGAUUCCACUACCUCCUACAUUGCUGAUGUCGCUGCCACCAUUCCCUCAAUUUACUUCCACCAUCUUCCCACCAUUACCCUCCCUUCCACCACCGGCACACACCCUGAAACUCUCAUCUUUGAAGUCCUCCGUCUCAGCAAUCCUCAUGUUCACCAAGCCCUUCUCUCCAUCUCCAGAACUCACAAAAUUAAAGCCUUCAUUAUGGACUUCUUCUGUUUUGCUUCUCUAUCUUUUGCCUCCCAACUUAACAUCCCUGGCUAUUUCUUUUAUACUUCUGGUGGCGGGUCUCUUGCUACUUCCAUGUAUUUUCCGACCCUUCAUCAGAACACUACCAAAAGUUUCAAAGAUCUGAACACCUUUAUUCACAUGCCGGGUGUUCCACCAAUAUUUUCCUCCGAUUUUUCUUCGGCAGUAAGUGAUCGCAACAAUAAAGCCUACGAAUACUUUCUGGACAUGGCUUUCUGCUUCCCAAAAUCAGCAGGAAUUAUAGUGAACACCUUUGAAUUGCUGGAGGCCAGAGCUCUCAAGGCAAUAUCAGAUGGACUUUGCAUACCCAAUAGUACCACACCUCCUGUUUACUCCAUUGGCCCAUUAAUAGUGACCAAAAAUGCUAGUGAUGGUGCAACAGAUCAAUGUUUAACCUGGCUUGAUUCUCAACCAAGUCAAAGUGUUAUCUUUCUGUGUUUUGGAAGCUUGGGGCUGUUCUCAAUGGAACAAUUAAGAGAAAUAGCUAUUGGGCUAGAGAGAAGUGGCCAGAGGUUCUUGUGGGUCGUGCGAAAUCCACCCUCUGAUAAUCAAAGCUUAGCCAUCUCAGCCCAUCCAGACCCAAAUUUGAACGCAUUGCUUCCUGAUGGUUUCUUGGAUCGUACAAAGGAGAGGGGACUCGUGGUGAAGUCAUGGGCUCCUCAGGUUGCAGUAUUGAAUCAUAACUCGGUUGGUGGUUUUGUGACUCAUUGUGGGUGGAACUCGGUGCUUGAAGCCGUGUGUGCUGGAGUGCCGAUGGUGGCGUGGCCGCUGUACGCAGAGCAAAAGUUCAAUAGGUUGAUGUUGGUUGAAGAAAUAAAAAUUGCUUUGCCAAUGAAGGAAGACGAGAACGGGUUUGUAACUGCGUUGGAGGUGGAGAAGCGAGUUAAUCAGUUGAUGCAGUCGGAAUCCGGUAACUCAGUUAGGGAGCGAACCAUUGCUAUGAAAAAAGCAGCCAAGGCAGCAGUGAGUGAGGGUGGUUCCUCGCGUUUUGCAAUGUCUAGACUCGUUGAGUCAUGGAAGCGUUAAUGAGUUGAGUCGAGUCAGAUUUUCACUCAGAUCAUGGAUUCUGUCCUUCUAAUUUCUACUUUAUCAUGAACAGGAAACGCUCCUUAAUAAAAAUUUAAUAAUUUUAUUAAA